CGAUUGUGGCGGGGACCAUGGACAUUCGCCACUUCUUCUCUGGAUUGACCAUUCCUGAUGGGGGCGUGCAUAUUGUAGGGGGUGAACUGGAUGGCUCAGUGUGUGACCAAGAUAGAACUGUCUAUAUCCUGUGAGAAUCUCCUUGACAAAGAUGUUGGCUCAAAAUCUGAUCCUCUGUGCGUCUUACUCCAAAACAUAGGAGAUGAUCAAUGGGCAGAGUUGGAUCGAACUGAGAGGAUAAAGAACUGCCAAAAACCUGAAUUCUCCAAGAAGCUGCUCAUUGAUUAUUACUUCGAGAAAGUACAGAAAAUAAAGUUUGGCGUGUAUGAUAUUGAUAAUAAGUCUUUUGAUUUAAAUGAUGAUGAUUAUCUUGGAGGGACUGAGUGUUCAUUGGGACAGAUUGUGUCAAGUAAAAAACUCACUCGACCUUUGGAAUUAAAAAAAGGAAAACCAGCUGGUAAAGGCACCAUUAUGAUUUCAGCAGAAGAGAUUAAGGACACCAGAGUUGUAAAUCUUGAGAUUGAAGCACGGAGUUUGGACAAAAAGGAUUUCUUGGGCAAAUCAGAUCCAUUUUUGGAGUUUUACAAACAGAGUGACAGUGGACCAUGGCAGCUUGUUUACAGAUCAGAGGUGAUUAAGAACAAUUUAAAUCCAUGCUGGAGGAGGUUUAGUGUUCCCUUGCAUACAUUCUGUGGUGGGGACUUCAGCAGGCCAAUCAAGGUACAUUGUACAGAUUAUGAUAGUGAUGGCUCACAUGACUUGAUAGGGAGUUUUGAAACUAACCUGUCUCAGCUGCAGAAAGCACAUGAUGGUUCUUUGGUGGAGUUUGAAUGUAUUCAUCCUGAGAAGAAACAAAAGAAAAAGAAGUACAAGAACUCUGGCAUUGUUAUAAUAAAAUCUUGCAAGAUUGAAAUGGAAUACUCUUUCCUGGAUUAUAUCAUGGGAGGUUGCCAGAUUAAUUUUACAGUAGGUAUAGACUUCACUGGUUCCAAUGGAGAUCCAAAAUCACCGGAUUCUCUUCACUUCAUCAGUCCAAAUGGGAUAAACGAGUACCUGAUUGCCAUCUGGAGUGUAGGGAAUGUGGUCCAAGAUUAUGACACAGAUAAGUUGUUUCCGGCAUUUGGCUUUGGAGCUCAGGUUCCUCCAAACUUCCAGGUAUCUCAUGAAUUUGCCUUGAACUUUAAUCCCAACAACCCCUAUUGUGAGGGUGUCCAAGGAAUUGUGGAUGCUUAUCGGCAGGCACUGCCUCAGAUCCAACUAUAUGGACCAACAAAUUUCUCUCCUAUUAUAAACCAUGUGGCAAGAUUUGCAGCUCAAGCAGCACAACAAAGGAUAGCUGCUCAAUAUUUCAUCCUGUUGAUCAUCACAGAUGGGGAGAUCACUGAUCUGGAUGAAACGAGGCAAGCAAUUGUUAGUGCCUCUAAGCUGCCUAUGUCUGUUAUUAUUGUUGGAGUUGGCAAUGCUGAUUUCAAAGCCAUGGAAUUCCUUGAUGGCGACAAUGGUGUUUUAAGGUCCUUGACAAAUGAACCAGUCGCACGAGACAUUGUUCAGUUUGUGCCUUUCAGACGGUUCAAAAAUGCUCCUCAGGAAGCUCUUUCCAAGACAGUCCUGGCUGAAGUUCCUAAGCAGUUGGUGUCCUAUUACAAGAUGCAGGGAUGGACCCCUGUGAAGCUACCUGAAGCAAAGAAAGUAUAAAUUAGAGCAUGCUUAUUGUGUAUUUCCCCCAAAACUGGGAGAGCAUCUCUGCAUAUAUUUUUUCUCUAUCACUUCUGAUCUGUGUCUGUUUUAUAUCCUUGGCUUUCUGUGUAUGUUAGGAGUGAGAAAUAUAAAUAUGAAAAAAAUGUAACUGCUGGCAGGUUUUUGGCAGAAGAAUGAGUUAAUGAAAGUAAGCUAUUCAAUAGAAAUAGCAAAACUGACCUCCAUAUUGCAAGAAUAACACAUAAACAGCUUAGUUUCAUUGCUUGGUGUAAGCUUGAUUUCAAAACUCCCAUGACAACAGUAGCAACCUUUUCAGGCUGCGGGCUGGAAUGACCCAACUUGGGUAGAAGUGGGGAGGUGUGUGCUAGGACCCUGCUGCCACUUCUUCCUACUACAGCAAGGGGAAGCGCCCCCAAGCCUGCUGAAUGCCACCAAAGCUCUAUGUUUGCAGACUGGAUCCAGUGGCUUUGCAGGUUAGAUCUGGCUCAAGGACCAUAGGUUGCCAAUCUUUGCCAUACGGUGUGUCAGUCUGCCAAAAGCUGCCAUCCAGGUAACAUUUUUUUUCUAUGAUGAGUAUAAGGAACACAAGUUUCCAUGGAACAUAGCAACAUCAUAUUUGCCAAUAUGCAACACUUACUGCACUUCAUUGUGCUACACCAGGGGUUGUCAGCCUUUCAGAAUCAGUGGGCCAGAAUAAUGGCAGCUUGGUCCAAAGCGGGUCGGUGCUUUGGAACCAUCUGCUGCAGCAGCACAUGUGAACCCUGCCUCACUGCAGAGUUGCUGAUGAUAUCCAGGCUGUGUAGACUGGGUAAAAUUGCUCACCAGGCUGAAUCCAACUUGCAGGUUGUAGGUUGCCAAUCCCUGUUCUAGACAGUUUCUUUUCUGUCAGAUUAAGGGAGACCCUUUUAUAUCAAUUUGCAUCAAAGUUGCUUGUUGCCUGGAUUAUGAGGGAAAAACUAACAAUUUUUAUUUCAACUUUAUAAAGUAUUACCAGUAUAGCUUGGGUUUUUUUUAAAAAGAGAUUAUAUUUUAGUUACCAGAUUUUGCAAGAAUAACCUCUAUUAUAUUUUCUUUUUUUACAAUAAUUACUUCUAUGUGCCUUUUUUGCAUGGAGCUUUUGUUAUGAACUAAAAAUCACACUUUAUUCCAUGGUUCGUAGCCACUUUUGAGCAAUAGGAGCUGAAAGAAUAAAUAUAUCUCUCCUCAAUUCAGCAGUUACAAACAUUAAAAAUGCUAAAUGUGCCUGAA